AUGCCCCAAGUGGUCUCUAGUCCCCCUCGAACAGCAUCCCUUCUCGCCACCCAAUCUUUCUCCAAUUCCUCAUCGACCAGCAUCUCAUUCACUGUCCCAUCCAACUCAGAUUCCACAUCCAACGCUACCAGCCUGAUCUGGGCUUACGGAAGCGACAAUCCCGGCUCGUCCUCCUCAGCGAGCAUUCGCCAGCACGUCGGCCACGGCACAAUGACUCUCGCCCUCAUGACGCCGAUACAAGCGGCGAGUACAUCCUCGUCCGGUACCAGCAACCCGUCUGCCAUCGUGACGGUCUCGGACAAGUCGAGCGAGACGACCAGUCUCUCGAAUCGACGCACAAUUAUCAUAACGCAUGCUGUGCUGGGCGCUGUUUCGGCCAUGCUCCUGUUACCGCUCGGCAUUCUGACUGCUCGUCUCGGCAGAGGAUGGACGACGAGCAGGCUAUGGUUCGCUGUACACGCCGUGCUCAACACAUUGGCGGCCAUCCUCGCAGCCGCCACCGCCAUCUACGCCUCGGCCAAGCUCGACGUGGAACACGUCUCAGCUCAUCCUGGGCUCGGCAAGGUCUUUGCUAUCGGUGUCGCGGCUCAAGUUCUAAUUGGCGCCAGUCUCCAUUGGAUCAAGCCUCGGCUCAUCAAAACACCCGGCCGUGGGAUCUACAACUAUCUCCACGUCGCUGUCGGUCUGGCCGCCAUAGCCGUUGGAUUUGCGGCAGUGUAUACGGGAAUGAGGUUCGAGUGGCCUAACUACCUGGAGACUGGUGAUAUCGGGGUUGGGUGGAUAGCAGGAUGGGCAGUCGUGGUGGGGGUCUUCUCGGUCGCUUACAUCGCGGGCCUUGCUCUCCUACCAAAGCUGCUCCGGAAAGAAGCGUCGGCUCAGCAGUUGCGGGACGCGCCCGAAGGGUUUCCUCUUCAGCAGCAGCAGAAGCAGGCCCGUGCGGUGUAG